CUGUUAGGUGCUGCUGACGCCUCGUGUGCCGUGUUUUGGAGAGUUUUGGAGCAGAGCGUCGAACGUUUGUUGCCAUCGCAUCCCUGUGUGCUGCCCGUGGCCUCGUUAGUAUUCCGGUAUGGUGAAGAUGGACGGCGGGCAGCCCCAGUACCUCUUCCAGGUGCCCACCUGCACCCACCGACACAUCGCAGCACACCACACCACAUGACACUCUGUCUGGUUGGUUGUGCAUGUGUGUGGGUGUGUUUGUCUGUGUGUCAUGUCAGGACAACGAGGGGUGGGAUCUGGUUGAUGCCCUGCCGUACAUCGACCCGCUCCCCGCCGACCUGCAGCAGGAGGUCAGGCGGCUCGUCGAGGAGGAGAUGUCCCGCAUGCCGCCUCGCGACUACCUCGCGUCGCUCCCCAAGCCCGCCACACCCGUGCUCGACAGCGACCCGGUCAUCAAGGGCGAGAUGGAGCGUAUCAAGAUGCAGCGGCCGAUGGCCAAGCUGGACCAGGCGCGGUUGAACGUGGAGGUGCCGUCGGGCGCCAAGGCGGCUGACGUGGGUGAGUGGAAGAAGUCGCUGGAGAACGCCGAGGCGCAGCUGGAGCACUCGAAUGUGCGGAUGGUGAACCUGGAGCUGAUGCACAAGAACGCACAGAAGGUGUGGCUCAACCACCUGCAGCAGCUCGAACACCACCACACCGGGUGAGUGGGUCACUGAGUGAGGGGAAACGUCUGGCAAAGAUGGCAUGGCUGAUCAGAUCAGUGCUUGCCUUGCCGUGCCCUUGUCUGUCUGUGUGGUGUGUAUCCGUCCAUCCAUGAUUAUGUGCGUGCAGGUUGCAGUCUGAUGUGAAGAUCCUCAAGCGGGACAUGGACGAAGUCAACAAACGACGCAAGCUGGACCAGGUGACUUGACUAGUACUGGAAAGUAUGGAAUGGAACAACUUCGACACACAUCAAAACAUCGGUCCAUCAAAACAUGUAUGUCUGCCUGUCCCCCGUCCGUCUGUCAGGUGUCGUGCGGCAACACUCUUCGCACUCUCGGCCGUGAGUGGGAGGAGCUUGUCGACAGGUUAGCAGUCAUAAGUACGCCGACACAGACAGACCCACCCACAAGAGCGUUCAGGGACGGAUUUGCAACCCCCUGGCCUGUCUGGGCUGCGCAGGAAUGGUGAGAUUCUGCAGGCCGUGGGUGAGCUCGAGGAGGACGUCGCAUGGCGCAAGCGCAAAUGCAGAGACCGGUGCGCACAGCACACGGGACAGCGCAGGACACACGUGUUUGCGUGUGCAAAUCACUGCGGAUGUGUCUGUAUUGUAUUGUGUGUGCAGCGGCAUCUUGCCUGACAAGUAUCUUCAUGACGACGAGCCGAUGGAGGUGGACCCCACGACAGGUGCGCCGCUGGCCAACGGCCCGCGGCCCGCCACUGCCAACACCAACGGCCCCAUCGCAGCGCAGCAGGCCAACAUGGAGUUUGCCGAGGGAGAGGACGAGAGCAUGAUGGACGUCGACCAGGCAGGGUCAUCGUACGCCAACGCCAACGGCAUGAUUGACGCCAAUGGCAAGGAGUGAGGGGUAGUCGACACAGAAUGGGGGGAGGGGAGGGAGGGAGGGAUGGGGUUGGUUGAGAGACAGACAGGCUGAGUAAGUGGGGUGGGGGCGUAGUGUACGGCUUAGCGCGGCGCUGGGCUGUCUGGCUGCUGGUGGGUCGGUGCCUCUCGCUACGCUGCAUAUGUGCACAUCAUGAUGUGUGUGUGCGUGUGUGUGUGAGUUAGGACGUCCCUGUGAGUGCGUGUGAGGUUUAUGAAUGGAUCGACGAAAAGUGGCCGGGGAGCUGGGAAGGUGUGUAAGGUGGCUGAUUGUUUGCUUAGAUGCUCAGUGCCGGCCGUAUGUCAAGUGUGUGGCUGUUUACAAUCACAUGCAGGGACAGACAGACAGGUGAGCCCUGCCUGCCUGCCUGACACAUGAAUGAAUGAUUUCUUGAAUUGAGCAGGAC